GAGGAGGAUGCGCUGCCUCUGGGUCUGUCUACGGGCCAGGCUCUGCUGAAGCUCCAGGACCAGCUGAGCAGCCUGCUGGAGCAGCACCAGAGGGCGGCACGCAGACGGGUCUCUGCCCAGGAACAGUGGGUAAAUAGCUUCCUUUACCAUGGCAACCGUCACUCCUGUCUCCAUUGGCCGGGAGCUGCCCUCACUCUACUGGUGGUGCUGGGACUCCUCUGUUGCCAUGGCAGCCAGCCAAACGGCAGUUCUGGUAUCGAGCUGGUGAACGCUGCCGCCCUGCUCCUUCUCUUCCUGCUCAACCUGCUGCUGGUGGGACGUCAGGAGCGGCUGAAGAGGACGGAGAUGGUGCGCCGUCUCAAGGGCAUCAUCACACAGCUCAGCGACUACCUGUCAGGGUGUGUGGGGGAGGUGCAGUGGUCUCCCUCUCAGUACCCCGAUCUGUACACACCCUCAUCCCCUUCGUGGUCCCUGCACUGGACCUACAGAGACUCCCAGCUGGUGAACCUGCCCAUCAGUCUGCUGGUGGAGGGGGACGUCAUCGCUCUCAGACCGGGCCAGGAGGCGUUCGCUUCCCUCAGAGGCAUUAAGGAUGAUGAGCACAUUGUGUUGGAGCCAGGAGAUUUGUUCCCCCCCUUCUCCCCUCCCCCUUCCCCACGUUCCACUGAGAAGAGAGGCCCUCAGAGCCCCCAGCAGCACCGCCUCUUCAGGGUGGUGCGGACUCCAGUACUGGACAUAGUCAGUAACAGUUUGGAGAUGGCGUUGGCUCGACCAAUCACAGUGCUGGAUAAUGAGAGGUUCACAGUGCAGUCGGUUAUCACCAAGCAUGUCUGUCCAGUGGUUCUGGUGGCCUUCCUGCUGGUCAACACUGUCCGCUACUUUAUUGAUGCACCCAGCCUCACCCCCGCCUGCUUCAAUUUCUUUCAACUUCAGUUGAUGGGUGUCCUGCCCGUCCUGCCCCUGCUCUUCCCCGUCAUGUGGGUGCUGCUGAACGCCUUCGGAGAGGCCAGGGUCCUCGCUGAGUUCAGCCGUGCAUCUCCAGCUGGUCUGCUUGCUAAGUUCUCUGAGGACACUCUAAGCAGCUACACCGAAGUGGUUUCCUCCCAGGAGUUGCUGCGCUGUGUGUGGAGACACCUGCUUGGCGUCCUGAAGGGAGAGUCCCAGACCCUCUGUUACACUUCCAGCCUUUUACACACUCUGGGAUCUGUCACUGUGCUGUGCUGUGUGGAUAAGCAGGGUAUCCUGUCGUGGCCCAACCCCAGCCCAGAGACGGUGCUGUUCUUUAGCGGGCGGGUGGAGCCGCCUCACAACAGCCAGGACGAUCUCAGAGACGACCUCUCCGUCAGCUCCUACUGCCGCAUGGAAGCGGACGAUGACCGGGAUGAGGCCCAGGAGGCGGAGGCUCUGCUCUGUCUGCCAGCAGAGCCAUCCACUCAGAUGGGGGAGGGGCCUGAGCCCAGCGAGACGUCACAUGACACCGCUCGCUCAUCGGACACAUUGCAGCAGCGGCGCGCCUGCCAGCCUGCACCCACUCGCACCAAGCACCACUCGGGAUCCAACGUGAGCUUUAGCCGCGACACUGAGGGAGGCGAGAAUGACCCGGGCCAGGACUUUGGCUGCCCGGAGGCGGAGGCCGACGACUUUGUGUGCGACUACCACCUGGAGAUGCUGAGCCUGUCUCAGGACCAGCAGAACCCGACCAGCAUCCAGUUCGACGACCUCUCCUGGCAGUGCCACCUGCCGUCCCUCAAGCCUCUGGGCCUCAACAUCAUGCUGAACCUGUGCAACGCCAGCGUCACGCAGCAGCUCUGCCGCUUCUCCGACCACCUCUCCAACCUGGCCCUGCAGGAGAGCCACGGCUCCGUGCUGCCCGUCUGCGUGCCCUGGGGGCUCUGCGAACUCUCCAGGCUUAUAGGGUUCACUCCUGGUGCGCGGGAGCUCUUCAGACAGGAGAACCACCUGGCUCUGUACCAGCUGCCGUCUGGAGAGAAGAACAAGGAGUUCUCGUCUCGACGCCUUCAUUACUUUACCAAGCGGCAGCCUCCCAUCUCUCACCUCAUCUCCCUGUUUGUACGGGACUCUUCCUCCAAUAACGUCCAGAUGCUGUCACAUGGCUCAGCCGACCUCAUCCUCGAGUCCUGCACUGACUUCUGGGAUGGAACUGACAUCUAUCCCCUCUCAGGCUCUGACAGAAAGAAGGUUCUGGACUUCUACCAGCGGGCUUGUCUGUCAGGGUACUGCUCAGCCUUUGCCUACAAACCCAUGCAAGUAUCCCUGUCCAGCCAACUGAAUGGGAUGUGUGUGGAGCUGGCCCCCAGUCCCGGCCUCUUCUCCGGGGUGGAGCUGCCCUCCACCACCCCCAUCAAACAAAACUCCUGCAGGAACAGCUGGAGCUCUGACGAGGGUAUAGGUGAGGGGGUGGAGCGGGAGGACUGUGUGCAGGCCCUCAGUGGGCAGAUCUUCAUGGGCAUGGUGUCGUCCCAGUUCCAGGCCCGGCUGGACACCGUCCGACUCAUCGACUCCCUCGUCACCGCCUGUAUCCGCUUUGUUUACUUCUCCAUGGAAGACGAGCUCCGCAGCAAGGUUUUUGCAGAGAAGAUGGGCUUGGAGACAGGCUGGAACUGUCACAACUCUCUGACUCCAAACGGAGAGAGUCCCUGUGACGGAGCUCCAUCCAGCCCCACGCAGGGCUCCAUGCAUGAAGAUUCUCGUGAUGAAGCUGAGGGCCCCCUGCUGACAGAGGAGGAAGCCCACUCUGACCUGGCCAGCUUCCAGCCCACAGACAGUGAUGUGCCCAGCUUUCUGGAGGACUGCAACAGGGCCAAGCUACCUCGGGGUAUCCACCAGGUUCGUCCUCACCUGAAGAACAUUGAUAAUGUGCCUCUUUUGGUGCCCCUCUUCACUGACUGCACCCCUGACACCAUGUGUGAGAUGAUGAAGAUCAUGCAGGAGAACAGGGAGGUCACAUGCUGUCUGGGAAGCUCCGCCAAUUUCCGCAACAGUCGGCUGUUUCUACAGAGUAACCUCAGUAUCGCUCUGGACCCUCUGUACCCCUCACAGUGCUCCUGGGAGACGUUUGGAUAUGCCACAGGAGGAUUCAGCGACAGAGACGCUGAAUGCCUGUCUCCUCUGAGGCUCUCUGGUCAGCUCAACAGUCUGGGCUGCUCCGUCACCUUCCACCAAGGAGAGAGCGUCAGCAUGGUCAAGCUCAUCGAGCAGGCACGACACACAACCUACGGCAUCCGCAAGUGCUUCCUCUUCCUGCUGCAGUGUCAGCUCAGCCUCGUCAUCCUCCAGUUCUUAGCGUGUCUGGCUCAGCUUCCUCCUCCCAUGAACACCACUGACAUCCUGUGGAUGUCCUGCUUCAGCUGCCCGCUGCUGAGUGUGUCGUUCCUGGGGAAGCCUCCAGACAGCUCAGUGAUGACGGUGGCUACAGGGAAGAACUUAGAUGCUAUUCCCAGGAAGACCCAGAACUACUUCCUCGGCUGCUUCCUGCUGAAGUUCGGCCUGACAGUGUGUGCCUACCUGGUGGCCUUCGGCUUCACCCUGCAGGAGUUCUGCUGUAGUAGCUGCAACUCCACCUUAGCUGAGAACACCACCGUCACCUGCCUUCAUAUCCUCGCAGCCAGCUCUUCAGUGGAUGCUCCUCAGUGGUUCGGGGAGCUGUCAAACGGCCUGCUGCUCACUCAGAAGGUCAUGGCAGGGUUCCUCGUCUUACACACAGUGGUGAUCUCCCUCAGCUACGUCCACCGCUCGCAGCCUCUGUGGAGGAAGAGUCCCUUCAGCAACACCUGGUGGUGUCUCACUGUACCUGUGGUUCUGCUCAGUCAGUUGGUUCAGGCCACGGUGGAUUACCAGUUGUGGCGUGACCGUGGCAGCCUCCGGACCUUUGACCUCGGGGACAUCCCCCUGCUGGCCUGGCUGCUGGUCUCCCUGUCCCCGCUGAUGGUGGUGGUGGUCAACGAGGUGGUGAAGCUGCACGAGAUACGGUAUGACAUCACACACAGGAUGAUCGCAAUGACUUGAACUCUUGGGGGAUUCUUAAGCAACACGUCAGAAAGAAGCAGGGAUCAGUGGGGAUUAUUCUGGAUCAUUUAAUAGUCAAAUCCUUCUUUCAUUUUCCUCUGCGUUGUGCAAAUCGGCAUGUGUUGUGUAGUACAAAAUCUACUACAGAUGAUGUUCCUGUCUUAACAGGUUGUAAAAGUACUCCUACUUUUA